AUGGCAACCAACGACGAUGCGAUUAAGAGUGCCCCAGCAGCCAGCUCAGUCAGCGAUGGUGCUGAUGACUCCGUCAAAGAUGGAAAGCUCGGGGUUGUCGAGAUCAACGUCUUGCAAGAGCGGACAAUCGGUCUCUUUGGUGCCGUUUCUCUGGUUGUGAAUAAGAUCAUCGGCGCCGGAAUCUUUUCGACGCCGAGUACCAUCUUCAAGCUCUCAGGUAGCGUCGGAAUGGCCCUGAUGUGUUGGGUAAUCGGCGCUAUCAUUUCAACGUGUGGCAUCUUCGUUAUGCUUGAGUUUGGCACUGCGAUCCCAAGGUCCGGAGGCAUCAAGAACUACCUAGAACGCGCUUUCAAUCCAAGGUUGAUGCAAACGUGCAUCUAUGUCUUUUACUGCGUAUUUCUGCAGGUUUCCGCAAGCAACGCAAUCACCUUCUCAUCUUACAUCUUAGUUGCAGCAGGCGUUGAAUCCACGACAUGGAAGCUUCGUGGAGUCGCGAUAGCUGGCGCCAUCUUCUCCGUGGGAAUCCACACCGUUGCCCCUCGCGUCGGAAGGGGUAUUCAAGACGUCCUCUCCGCUGUGAAACUCUUCACGCUUCUUUUUAUUGUUUGCUGCGGAUUCGCCGCGUUGGCAGGACACCUCAGGAUACCGAGUCCCGGCAACUUCUCCAACGCGUUUGAGGGCACGUCUAGCAGCGGAUACAAUAUCGGUUCUGCCAUUCUUAACGUCAUCUUUUCUUUCCAAGGUUAUGACAAUGUCAAUGCCGUUUUGUCUGAGGUGCGCAACCCUCAACGGACUCUCAGGCUGGCACUUCCGCUUUCCAUGGGCGUCAUUGCUGUGCUCUAUCUCUUGGCAAAUGUUGCAUACUUUGCUGCCGUUCCAAAAGAGGCCUUCAUUGCGGCCAAAGUGACUGUUGCUGCGACGUUGUUCGAAAACGUUUUCGGCCCCUCAGCUGGAGCAAAAGCCCUCCCAGCUCUUGUCGCACUCUCGGCAUUAGGCCACCUGCUUGGUGUCGCUUUCACUAUCCCCCGUCUUCUUCAAGAGCUGGCUAAGGAUGGUGUCCUGCCCUUCUCCAACGUCUUCAUGGAGAAUCGGCCUUUCAGGACUCCUAUCUAUGCGCUGUUUCUUCACCUUGGCGUAACAAUCUUGUUCAUUUGCGCUCCACCAGCCGGGGAUGCAUUCAACUUCGUUGUUUCGCUUUCGAGUUAUCCGACGACUGUCUUGUUGUUCGCUAUCACCGUCGGCUUGGUCAAGCUGCGUCUCACGGAUCGCGCGAACUUCCAGUCGCCACUUCCUGCUCCAUGGGUCCUCAUCGGCAUUUACCUUGCAGCAAACAUCUUCCUCAUUGUAAUGCCCUUCGUGCGGCCGCCGAACGGAAAGGGCAGCACCUCGCUUCCGUACUGGCUUUCUUCUGUCGUUGCUCUGGGGAUACUCUCGCUAGGAAUUAUCUACUACACUUUACGAUUUGUUGUGGCUCCAAGGCUCUUUGGAUACAGGCACCAAGAGAUUCAACAGGAACUGAGUGACGGGUCGAAAGUCACUCGAUUCCAGAGAGUUGACAGGAUCCCGCCCACAGUAGCAGUCGUUGCCGUCGGCUACGGCUUGAACGCUUACCGACAGAAUAUGGUCCAGCGUCGCAUCGCCAUGGCUGAGCAGGCAGAGAGGCAGGCGAUCGAGGACCGAAAGCGAGCGGCAAAACUCAUGGAUGCCUACGGCGACCGAUCAAGCCUCGAGGAACUCGAGAAGGCCAUGCAGGUCUACGAGGCUCAGAACCAGGUCUAA